AUGGCCGCAGAGACCAGUGCCUUUGACGUCGUCAUCGUGGGCGGCGGGACAGCCGGCCUCGUGGUAGCCUCGCGGCUUUCCGAAGACCCCUCUCUCCAGGUCCUCGUGCUCGAGGCCGGGCUGGAUCUACCACAGAUGCCAGAGCAGUUGAUGCAAGCCGUCUUGACUCCGCCCGCGUAUAGCCAACUUUACAAAACACCCGUCGACUGGAACCACAGCACUGUCGCUCAGGCUGAAAAGGCAAACCUAGGAGGCCGAGAGAUGAGCUUUCCCCAGGGCAAGAUGCUGGGCGGGUCGAGCGGCAUGAACGGACUCAACUUUACCGCCAGCGCCAAAACAGUCGUCGAUGGGUGGGCCGAGUUGGGCAACCCCGGCUGGGAGUGGCCUGCCUUCUCGCAGUCCUUGGCUAAGACCUAUACCGUGGCCAAAGCCCCAUCCCUCGUGACAAAGCCGAGCGACAACCAGGGACCUGUACAGGUAGCGUUUGCUGAUGACUACAUGGGUAGCUGGCCCAAGGUCUGGGCGGAUACCAUUGAGUCGUUUGGGUUCCCGGGCACCCAGGAUACGCUGACCGCCCAGGCCGCCGGCGGGUUGAUGAUCCCGGAUACCGUCGACCCGGCGCUGGGCAUCAGAAGCUUUGCGGCCAACGCCUACCUGACGCCAGAUGUCCGCGGCCGCGCCAACCUGACGUUGCGCACGGGCGUCGAGGUCAAGAAGGUGAUCCUCAAGAAACCUGAAGGUGGUCAGCCUGGCGGGGCGGCCGUCGCCACAGGCGUCGAAAUUACGGAUCCCACGACCGGCGCAACCACGACAGUCAUCGCUCACCGCGAGGUUAUCGUCGCGGCCGGAGCCUUUGGCUCCCCCAAGCUUCUCGAGCUUUCCGGCAUCGGUGACGCGCGACGGCUCGGCGUGGAUAACGUCGUCGUCGACGCCCCGGGUGUCGGCGAGAACCUCCAGAACCAUCCCCUCGUCACCUUGUCAUUCGAGGUGACCAACACCGCGCCGCCCACCAAGGACGCCUUCCUGCGCGCCGCCCUGCGGCAGGACGGGGAAGUCCUGGGAGGGCCGAUGAAGGAGUACAUGGAGCAUCGCACGGGCCCGUUCGCAAGCAGCGGCGUGACGUCGGCCGCACAACUACCGCUACCGGGCCUAGAUACGCCCGAGGGAAGACAGGAACUUGAGCGCCUCUUCAGGACGACGACCGGGCCGAGUCCCGGCGGAGCCUUCGGUGUGGCGCACGAAAGGUUCGUCCGGACCAUCCUCUCGUCCCGGUCUGAGGCAUCAGGGUACUACAUCUUCGGGCCAGCAUACGCCGCAUUCAACCCGGACGGAACCAACGCGCUACCACCCAUGGAUGGCUCCGAGGAUAGCUACAUCACGGUCGUCCUCAUGCUCGCGCAUCCGCUCUCGCGAGGCUCUGUGCAUCUCGUCGGCGCCGCGGCCGAGCAGACGUUGGCCAUCGACCCAGGCUACUUCAGCCACCCGCUCGACCUCGAGGUCAUGGCUCGCCACCUCCAGUUCAUCGAGCAGGGCCUGGCGGUCGCGGAACCUCUGGCGAAGUGGUUGAAGCCAAAUGGCAAAAGGACAGUUGGGGUUCCUGAGGCUGGCGCUUUCAAGGAUAUCGAGGUAGCCAAGAAAUAUCUCAGGGACAAGGCCGUCGCCGCGCAACACGUCACUGGGUCCUGCUCUAUGCUCCCACGCGAAAUGGGCGGCGUGGUCGACCCGCUGCUGCGUGUGUACGGAACUAGGAACCUCCGUGUGUGCGAUGCCAGCGUGAUACCUUUGAUGCCACGUGCCAACCCACAGGCAACCGUGUACGGGAUGGCGGAGCACGCGUCGAAAAUCAUCAAGGACAGCCUGUUUUAG